GGGUGGUCCUUCCACUCCCUGGGCUGGCGGCAGGCGCCUUCACCGGGCAGAGUUGAGGUUGGCCCGGCGGGUUCUAGGGGACUGAGUCCAGCAUCCCGGAAGGGGCCUGUGCAGCUGGGAACUCGGGCUGGCUUCAUCCAGCCUUCGUGAGCUAAUUCAGGAAAAAUGUGGAUCUUGGCACUAUGGAUACUUCCUUUACUCUACAAAUUCAGCCUGACAGCUCUGCCAGCAAAGCCUGAAAACAUUUCUUGUAUAUUAUAUUAUAAGAAAAAUUUAACUUGCACUUGGAGUCCAAAGAAGGAAAUCAAUUAUACCACAUACGUUGUUAAUAGAACUUACUCUUUUGGAAAAAAACGUGACAUUUGUAAAGCCAAUAGUUCGACAGGUGCUUCGUGUUCUUUUUUCCGUCCAACUAUAACACCCCCAGAUUUCUUCACCAUUAAAGUGAAAGCUGAAAAUAAAGAUGGUGUAGCUACAUCUGAUAUUACACAUUGGACCUUAAAUGACAUAGUGAAAAUGGAACCACCUAUGAUUCUUUCUGUGAAACCAAUUUCGGGCAUCAAAAAAAUGAUGCAAAUAAAAUGGGAAUGGCAUGAUUCGUUAUUUUCUUCAUCUAAUUUCAAAUACAAGCUUCGAUUCAGGACAAUCAAUAGUACCCAUUGGGUCGAAGUCGACUUCCAGAGUGAUGAUCUGGUCUACAACCUCACGGGGCUGCAGGCUUUCACAGAAUACAUCAUAGCCAUGCGAUGUAUGGUCAAAGGAUCAUACUUUUGGAGUGACUGGAGCCAAGAAAAAAUGGGACUAACCGAGGAAGAAGUUCCAGAUGGCCUGGAUCUGUGGAGGGUCCUGAGACCAGCUGAGGUGGAUGGAAGGAGGCCAGUGCAGUUGCUCUGGAAGAAAGCAAGAGGAGCCCCAGUCCUGGAGAAAACAUUUGGCUACAUCCUAUCAUACUUUCCAGAAAACAACACUAACCUCACACAGAUAAUUAAUACCACCACCCAGCAGUGUGAGCUGUACCUGGGAGGUGAGACCUACUGGGUGUCUGUGACUUCUUAUAAUUCUCUUGGGAAUUCUCCAGCGGCCACCCUGAGGAUUCCAGCUGUCAAUGAGACGCGUCAGGAUCUGUGGGCAAAUCAUUUAUUAAGAAAAAUGUCUCUGGAAAGAUCAGAACUGCAAACAAGGGAAAACAGGCCAGCAUUUCAGUGCAUUGAGGCCAUGCAGGCCUACUUUGCCCAGGACCUGCUGGUGGUGGAAUGGCAAAGCUCCGCUCCAAUGGUGGACACAUGGAUGGUUGAGUGGUUCCCAGAUUUGGACUCGGAGCCCUCUGACAUCUCCUGGGAAUCUGUGUCUCAGGCCAGGAACUGGACAAUUCCACAAGAUAAAUUAAAACCUUUUCACCUCUAUAACAUCUCUGUGUAUCCACUGAUCCAAGACCUAGUGGGAGAACCAUAUUCCAUCCAGGUGUAUGCUAAAGAAUGUGCUCCAUGGAGGGGUCCUAUAACCAAGGCAGAAAAUAUUGGUGUGAACACAGUUACAAUUACAUGGGAAGAGAUUCCCAAGAGUGAGAGAAGAGGUUUUAUCAGCAGCUACACCAUAUUUUACCAAGCUGAAGGUGGAAAAGAAUUCUCCAAGACAGUCAGCUCCAGCGUCCAGCAAUAUGACCUGGAAUCUCUGACACGAAAGACCUCUUAUACUGUUCGUGUCAUGGCCAGCACCAGAGCUGGGGGGAAAAAUGGGACGGAGAUAAACUUCAGGACAUUGUCCCUCAGUGUCUUUGAGAUUGUCCUUAUAACUUCUCUGGUUGGAGGAGGACUUCUUAUAUUCACGGUCCUGACUGUGGCCUCUGGUCUCAAAAAAGCAACCAAGUUGACUCACCUGUGUUGGCCCAUUGUCCCCAACCCUGCUGAAAGUAGUAUAGCCACGUGGCUCGGAAAUGACUGCAAGAAUAAGCCAAAUCUUAAGGAAUUUGAUGACUCUGUGAACACAGAAGAUAGCAUCCUAAAAUCAUAUUGUGUUCCCAGUGACCUCAUUGACAAGUUGGUGGUGAACUUUGAGAAUUUUUUGGAAGAGGUGUCCAUAGAAGAAGCUGAAAAGGGCCAGGAGAACAUUUGGGGAGGAGAAAGGAAUGAGUAUGUAACCUCCCCCAACAGGCCUGACUGUCCUCCAGAAAAGAGUUCGCAGGUUUUAACUGAGAUUCCUUCCAGAAAAUCCCAACUCUCAAAGUUAGAAAUGUCAGAAGAUAACUCUUCAGAAGUUGAAGAGCAACUUCUCUCUUCUGGUGAAAGUUUAGGACCAGACUAUUUCUAUGAGGAAGGAGCAUUAAAUCCAUAUUUGAAAAAUUCAGUAACAACCAGAGAAUUUCUUGUGCAUGAAAAACUUCCAGACCAAACCAAGACAGAAGUCUAAAGGCCACCAUGGUAGGAGACCCUCAGUCUCAGUGUGGAUGACCUGGCCUAGAGAAGAUAUCAAGACUUGGCAAGAAGCGCUUCUUUUGCCCCUUCUGCAUUCUGCCUGGAUUGAAGAAAUUCCCCCUGCCCUGAGCUAAUAGUUGGGCUUGCCUGGCACAGGUGUGAACUUGUGCUGGGGAGAAGAAGAGACAUGGUAGGCCUGAGUGCUUUGUAGAGGAAAAGAAGUUAUUUUCUUUUGUUCAGAUAAUAAGCUCCAUUGAAGGACUCCUUGACACAUUGACUAAAAAUGAAGACCCAGGUUCUGAACUCAAAAGACUUCUUAGGUGGACAUCUGGUCUCCCUAGGAAUUGAGUCAUGGUCACAGCCUUUGCUAUAGGGCUAUCCCUUAUAGUUCCCAGAGGGACUGUGCCAGAAGAUUGUUUUUGGUUGGUGCUUGGUGGUCUGGUGGGAACCUGUGUUCUAUUCUUCCCAUGUAGCCCUAAUAUCUUACUCUUCUCAACACAGAGGCCUAGAAAUGGAGUAGAAUUUUCUAAUGGUGUGCCUGAGCCUCUUCAUAGUCCUUGCUAAAUUUCAAGUGUGUACAGCAACAUCCCACCCAGAACUUUUCACCCUGUUUUUUGGUUUUUUUUUUUUUUUUUGUAUUGGUUAUUUUAUUGAACCCAUGGCCUCAACUUGCUAGGCAAGCACUCUGUCACCAAAUCAUAUCCUGAGCCCUUCACCUUUGCUGGAGCAAAGGAGCAGAAGUCCUGUCCCAGCCUACAGGCCAUUUUCCAGCUUCUGCUGCCCUUCCAUCUUGCUCCCAUGCCUGGGAGUAAAAAGGCACCCAACAUUGAGUGGUUUUUGUAUAGGGAUGCUGACCCCUCACACUGGUUCAGAGCCCAGGAAUGCUUACUGAGCACACCCUUGAAAGUCCUCUUCCCAGCAGGGGCUGAGCAAGACCUUGGGACAUGCAAUGCAAUUCCACCACAAGGACUUCUCCUUUGCUCCAGCUAAGCACAGAGCUCGUGACAAUUAGUGCAGCCUUUGGUGAAAGUGCUGAUUCGGGAUUCCUUGCUGAGACUGUGGCCUGCAUGGUGGGGGAAAAGGGCAUGUAGCCUGGGAUACAGGGAUGGCCAGGAAAUGACUGAGCAGCCUAAAGGGCCAUGAACCCAGCAUUUUCAGCCAGAAAGGCUGAUAGUAUUUUUUCAAAGAGACUUCUAGAAGUUAGUACUUGUGUUGCAGAUAUGAACUUCACAGGCUUCCAACUUAGGUGCAAAAAUAUUGCUUUACUUUCCUAUAACUAAAAUUAAUUGCUAGUGCACGACAUUUCAAAUCUGGUGGGCCAAUAUGGUGACUUCUGAGUUCCUCUGGGUUUGUAAUUCGGUCACAGUUGGGACUUUGACCUUCCAGGUCCUCUCUGGGAGUGAUGCUGAGAAUGUUCAAUGGAACACUCUCAAAUGGAGUGAUGCUGAGAGUGUUCAAUGGAACACUCUCAAAUGGAACACAAUGGGGUAGGGUAGCCACUCAGUGGAAUCCUCUGGGAUCAUGUAUUUUUCUAGCCAUGGUUUUGUUGCUGGUUUUAUGUUUGUGCCUGUAUCUCCUCCUGUCCCUGUGGAGUCACCUGUUACUGUCCUCAGCUGCAUUCUUACCAUGGGCACAGGAAGGUGUGGCUGCUCUCCCAACCCUGUCUCCCUCCUCAUUAUGUUCAAAUGAGAAUCCUCAUGAGGUUUAAGGUGGCUGCAGACCCAGUCCCAGGGCUUUUCAGGCCUAGUUUUCAGAACAGUGACUGCUGGUAAACCUGUGAGUGAGAGAAGCACGAAGCAGGCAUUGGGGAAUGAGACCGUUGGCUUCUAGCUCACCCCCUUACCCCUUCAUCCUGCUUUCAAGCCUGGGAGGAGAAAGAAGCCAAACAAAAGGGGUACCUGCACACCUGUAAUCCCAAUGGCUCAGGAGGCUGAGGCAGGAAGAUUGCAAGUUCAAAGUCAGACUCAGCAAUUUAACAAGGUCCUAAACAACUCAGUGAGAUCCUGUGGGAGGUGUGUGGGGGUGGAGAGCCUCGAACCUCACCAUCUUGUCUGUCUUAUAUCUGAUGAGGCUUUUUUUUUUUUAUAUAUAAAUACUGGGGAUUGAACUCAGAGGCACUCUACCACUGAGCCUUAUCCCCAGCCCUAUUUUGUCUUUUAUUUAGACACAGGGUCUCACUGAGUUGCUUAGUGCCUCGCCGUUGCUGAAGUUGGCUUUGAACUUGCCAACCUCCUUUCUUAGCCUCCCAAGCCACUGGGUUUACAGGCAUGCACCUGAUGAGGCUUUUGAAUCUGAACAUUCAAUAAUUUGAUGGCUAGGGAGUGAGAAGGAUCCCAAAUGGCUCCAGUGACUGGAUUCCAAAAUGAAAAUAUUGCUUUCUGCCCGCACCUUCUUAGUCACUGAGGCUGACUUGGUAGUUGGCAGAUGCCGCCCAGCCCUUCCUCUGUUUCAUUUCUUCUUCCCUUUUCUCACUUCUGGCCUCCUGUCUUUUGCUUCUUCCCCCUACUCCCAGAGCAUCAUUUCAACUCUUCCUCUUUAUUUUCUUGUUUUAUUUCUUUUUUCUUUUCUUUCCUCUCCAUUCCCAUCAGCCUCCCUCCAUCAUCUGCCCUGUUUACUUUCAUUGCCUUCCAGGGGUAGGGAGCUGAGGCUCUCUGCUUUGCUCUAGGUAGACCCAAGGUGGCCUCACUGAAGCCAGUCCAGGGGGCUGCUCACUCAGCUCUCCAGUGCAGACUCAGGGCCAGGCCUCCAAGCUCAGAAACCACUGGUGGCUUCUUCUUCUGGAUCAAGUCCCCAAGUCUCCCCACUCCCAGAAUCCUGGGCUGCUUCUGUGAUUAGAGAAAGGCCAUCUGUGUUUUCUGUCAAAGAGGCAUUGUGAGGACACAAGCAAGGAGACUUGCGUUUUAGCAAAGUCAUUAAAAACAGACAAAAUCCCUCUUAAAAGAGUUUUCUAGGACUCUGGAAACCCUGCAAAACAAUUGGGUUGGUGCCCAAUGGUGUCCUCUUUUUUACAAUAAUAGAAAAAAAAAGUCAAGAAAAGUCAGAGAAACCAAUCUGUGUUAUUUAUUUAUUUACUUUUUUACAAUGAAGCCUUCCUUCUCGUCCUGGAGGCAGCAAAGUGGAGAUACUGUGUGGGGCUUUUGGAAGAGGCGGGAGGGGAAGAGUUGAGAAAGGAGCCCUAGCGUAGGCCCCUCUGAGGCCUGCUGUUCCUCCCUGUGUGCUGGGGUGUCUGGCCACCCAGGGCUGACCUGUCCUCCUUUCCAGGAUGCCUUUAGUUGCUGGUACUGCUGCGGGCACACUACUGCCCAGGGGGUCUCAAACCAUGGCCCUUGAGCCAAAUCCUGGCCUUGUUUUGGUGGGACUAUCAGCUGAUAAUGGUACUGGCAUUUUCAACAGUUGAAAACAAAAUCAAAGAAUGUUUCAUGAAGUGAAACAUAUGAAAUUAAAGUUUCAGUGCACAUAAAUAAAGCUUCAUUGGAACCCAGCCUUACUCAUUGUCCAUUCAUCAUCUGUGGCUGCUUCUCCCUGUCAAGGCAAAUGAGACAGUUGUGCCUGCAGAGCCUGUGAUGCUCACCAUCUGGCCCUUGCAGAAAGUGCGUGGAAGCCUGCUGUAGCUGAUGCAUGUGAGGCUCUGGAUGCAUUAUGUUUUAACUUUGAGUUAGCUGUGAAUCUUAAGAAGUCAGGAUUUGUCAUUCUGGAUGUCCAGGUGAAUAGGGACUGGCUGCUUUAGAAGGGCACACAGUCUCUGGCUCUCCCAAUCCUUAUCGCUUCCUACCUCCUGCCCACAGCUGAGGUGGAGAGUUGGUGUCUGUUUAUCAUUCUCACCAGUCCUUAACUGUGAUUUGGCCUCUCAAUCUCCACUCUUAGACUUCCUGGAGGUAAUUCUGAUUGUCAGGAGUAGGAGGGUGCUGCUGGCAUCUAGUGGAUAGAAGCCAGCAGUGCUGGUAAUCAUCCUACCAUGUUGGGCCCCAAAUGACGGCAGUGUCGAGGAUGAGAACCCUGUCCUGCCUAGACUCUGCCUUUGAGGCUCAUAGGGUUCUCCUGGGUGUCACUCAAGCAUCCACAGAUACCUCUAGAUCUCUUCCCCCACUUCCCCUCUCUCAAGUUGAAGCUUGUCUUGGUCUUAAUAUUAAAAAUUCCGAGAACUUUAAAUACCAAUUAUUUACAUCAUUCCUGAUUCACUCGUGGCAUGAUAUGUGUACACCUGUAUACAUUUUCAUCUGUGUGCAAGUAUAUAUUGAAUCUAUUGUAUUCUACCUUUACUUUCAUUUAUUAGUUCAUAUAUAAAAUGCAUGCAUGAAUAUAGUUUGUAGCAUUUUGAAUGGUCAUCCAUACUUCUGCUUUGUACCUUCAUAUUAUGGUUUGUUAAGGACUUACUUAGUUGAUAGGAUUAUUAUUAUUAAAUUGGUACCAGGGAUUGAACCCAGAGGCGCUUAACCACUGAGCCACAUCCUUAUCCCUUUUUAUAUUUUAUUUAGAGACAGGGUCUCACUGAGUUGCUUAGGGCCUCGCUCAGUUGCUGAGGCUGGCCUUGAACUCGAAAUCGUCCUGCCUCAGCCUCCCAAGCCACUGGAUUACAGGCAUGUGUUGCCUGCCUGGCUAGUUGAUAGUCUAUUUUAAAUAUCUUCCUAGUAUAGAGAGAGUGCAGCAAACAUCUUUGUACAAAAUUUUCUUUUUUGACCUUUGUCCUAUCUCCUUGGAGCUGUUUCCAAAAGUGAAUAGCUGAGUCAUAGCUUAUGUUUAUUGUCACAUCCUGCAUGAUUGCACUCCCCCAAAUGCUAUAGUUACUUACAGUAUCAUCAGAGAUGUAUGUCUGAGGUAUCUUUUGUCCAUUUCCACUGAUAAUCAUCUGUUUACUGCAGUAAACUUGAUUUUGCUUUCAUUAAUUGUUUGAUGCAAAUGUUAAUGAUCGAUAAGGCCUCUCUAUAAUCAAAGUGUGUUACAAUGCUGGUGUCUUGCACUCAUAUUGUGAGAAUCCAAAAGAGUGGAAUGUGACAAAGUAUGCUAGCAGACCUCAUUCCCUCCACAGCUGUCACUGGACACUGGGGUCCAUGGGAGAGUUUUCUCAGCAGCACAAACAGCCCCAGUUCAUGUUGGAAGUGUCCAGAGGCCACCUUUGCCCUCUGUGCUGAGCUCUGUGCAGGGUGGGUCCUGAGCAAGAUGGCUGCCUGUGCUGUGGGAGACAGCAACAGGAAGAACUCAGGUGAGGGCAGAACCUGCAGUCAGCAGAGGCUCCCAUGGUAGUUCAGGGGAAGUUAGAUUUAUGUUCUACCAAUUUCAUGUUUAGGAAUGGAAUUCUCUUGUCCUACUCAACUUUAAUAUGUGUGGAGUAGGAUGCCAGAAAUGUGUCCCAAAGCCUGGACUUGGAAAUAGAAAUCAAAAUGUGCAAACCAGAAGAGGCUUGCAGAGUGUUCUGGAAGAUUGUGGCAACAAGGAAGAUGGAACCUGUGUACUCAGGAGGCUGGCUAUGCUCUUUCCCACAGACUGAUCAUCUGUUCACGCAAUACAGGGCGUGGAAAUGUGCACUAUCAAGUUGAGGAUGGAAACAUGGCCAUGACAAUGGGAGUAGCUUUUAAACUGCUUUAUUAUAAGUGCAUUUGUAUUUUAACCUGUCAGACAAUAAAUCUGUAAUGCCAUUUUUACGUAA